GUCUGCCUCGCCCUUAAGUUGAGCUCUACGCCAUUCGUGCGGGAGAUAGCUUCCGCCUGAGAUCGUCUCUGCUUCCAUAUCCAGGCCCUCGGUUUCAAUCUCCAGAAACUCUUCUGUUUGCUCUUGUUGCAUUUGCGGAAGCAGAGACUCGAGAGUCUAACGUCGAUUGUGAGCCAAACGACCCCCCUACGUACUGCAUCGCGCAAUCUUAUCGAUAAAGUCGGAAGGCAGAUCAAGUCGUCGCAAAGAUGGGGCUUAUGGAUUAUCUGUACAAAUUUGCCGAUGAGAUCGGGCUGGUGACCCUCGUCAGCUCAUCGCGAGACGUUCAUCUCCUCUGCGCUCAGCGAUUCGUUAGAAUGUUUGCCUAUGGUCAGGUUACUAUCAUCCUGGCAGUUUUCUUCACCUCUCUUGACAUGGGAGAGAGCAAAACUGGUCUUUUCAUGACGUGCACUCUGCUAGGAGACGUUGUGAUCUCUUUUGUGCUUACGCUGGUUGCCGAUCGGGUUGGUAGACGGACGAUCCUCGCUCUCGGAUCUCUACUGAUGUGUGCUUCUGGCGUCGUCUUUUCCUACUCUUCUACUUUCUGGGUAUUAUUGGUAGCUGCCAUCGUCGGUGUCAUCUCUCCAAAUGGUAAUGAGAUCGGACCUUUCAGAGCAGUCGAGGAGUCUACGCUAGCUCAUCUUAUUGCCCUUGAAGUUCGAGCUGAUAUUUAUGCCUGGUAUGCCCUUCUGGGAAGCUUGGGCUCUGCUUUUGGGGCUAUUUCCAGCGGCUGGAUCGUGCAAUAUGCCCAAGAUAAGUACAACUGGACGGCCAUCAGUUCCUAUCGGUUUAUAUUCGUCAUCUACAGCGUCAUUGCGCUCAUGAAGUUUGCAUUCUCAGUGAUGUUGUCUCCUGAGUGUGAGCUGCAGCCGGUUCCACAGAAGCUGGAGCCUACUGUCGAACGCGAUGUGGAUGAUGAAAACGCAGAAUCAUACCCGAUGAGUCGAUUGCGCUCGUCUACAGAUCAGGAUGAGGAAUUGACUGGUAUAGAAAGAGAUGAAGCAAGAGAUAUUUUCGAGGAGAUGGAUCAAUUGAGUUCCAAGAAAGUCAGACCAUUUCUCUUGCGAUGGAUUGAUUAUUUCCCACAUUUGUCGAAACAGUCGCUCAAGGUUGUGGCUCAACUUAUAGUUUGGUUCGCUCUUGACUCUUUCGGAAGUGGACUCGCGACACAGACUUGGGUUGCGUACUACUUCAUUAGCAGGUUUGACACCAAAGAAGGUGUACUUGGAAGUUUGUUUUUCACGACAAACAUCGUCGCGGCAGCGUCGUCCCUUGUGGCUGCUGCGAUAUCAAAGCGUUUGGGCCCCAUUUUGACAAUGGUUGGCACUCAUCUUCCCUCAUCGAUCAUCUUGAUGAUUCUGGGAUUUCCCUCCAGCUCCACUGCGGCUAUGAUCCUUCUUGUUGUCAGAUACUGCACGGCGACGAUGGACGGUGCGCCGCGACAAGCGUUCUUGAGCGCGAUUGUCUCGUCUGAGGAACGUACGAGUGUCAUGGGAGUCGUGAAUGUGGUCAAGACUUUGGCCUCAUCAGCUGGUCCGAGUUUGAUGGGUAAAUUUGCGUCGAUCCACAAGAUGCCGAUUGGAUUCUUGGUGGCCGGACUGUGCAAGGUGAUUUACGAUCUGGGAAUUUUAGCAUCAUUCUUGGGAGUUCAGCUGCACAACAAAUAAAAGGCAUGACUUUGUAUACGAAGAAGGACGGAAGUAUAAAGGCUGGGUUAUGAGAAGUCGAUGAGCAGUAUUGUGUUUUAGGUAGUUUGUAAUUACGUCUUUAAGAGCUCCGAUUGGCUGACGCUUAGCGUCGUUCUCACAUGCGCAUUGAGGAAGACUGUGGAGUAGCAGCCAGCGUUCGGGCAUCUGCUGGACAAGAGCCUGGAUUCCGAGCCGCGGCACUCCGGAACUGGAGAUUCUGUUCCGGUGGAGAAUAAAAUAAAAACACGGAUCAGUUCAGCUCAGCAGC